AAUUCACAGCGUCUCACAAGAUUCGUUAGUAAUUUCGUGAUUGGGUUUUCCCGGUACUCGUCUUACCGAGAAGUGACUGGGAUUCCCCAUACAUAAAUAAAGUUCGGCGACUGCUUCCUACACUGAUUCGACAGUAGUGACAUUCGUUUUCAGAAGAAGUACGUGCAGGACUUUCAAGGAAGGAUCGAGGAAAAGAUGGAAAAUCGGGCACGAGAAAAAACGAUUUGUAUUCAUGAAAUAGCUCCUCUUCAGAAUAGAAUUAUCCGGGAGCUCAGGACUAUAUAUGGAUCUGAGAAAAUUCCAUAUGAUAUUCACAUCGAUGACAACGGUGACAAAUUUGGGGUUAUAGAAAAACUAGCGUCACUUUUUGAAAAAUUGAAGAUAAUUAGUUCAGGUCUGCCCAGCUUUGAGCGUCAGAACUCUUUGGAAAAUGCUUUUUCAAGAUUUUCGAUAAAGAGUGGCAUGAGACAAUCAGAGGAGACAAAUGGAGCUAUACCACUUUGCAUUCCGAACAAUUAUAAAUGGAAUGACGACGAAGCGAAGCUUCAACCAGUAGACAACGUCAAUCGCACAGGGCUGGCAGUAUGCACUCAGGGUCUUGAAAUAUUACGCUCCAUAACUGGCCCUGUCUGCAUUGUUUGCGUUGUCGGUCCUGCCCGUACGGGAAAAUCAUACUUGUUGGGGCAACUGCAGGGUAGUACCUUCCGUCUUGGUCACACAAUGAAGGCAGAAACAAUGGGUAUUUGGAUUGGAAAAAAGGUAAUCAGGAAGUCAUUAACAACCGGCAAGGAAACGACUCUUGUCUUUCUUGAUUCGGAGGGUAUAGGCUCAAUCGACAGCAAAGAUUCAACAGAUGCUACAGAUAACCAGAUUUUUACGCUCAGUGUGUUACUGAGCUCCUUACUGAUCUACAACAGUAAGAAUGUUCCUAACAAUUCUGAUUUGGAAAAGCUACAUUACGUAUCAAAGCUCUCCGACAGCAUCCGUGUUCGCAGCAACGCAGAGAAUACCAGCGAGGACGUGGCAAAAUUUAAGGAAUAUUCUCCUGAGUUUUUUUGGCUCAUCCGAGACGUCACUCUUGACAUUACAAACGAAGAUAAAAAACAAGUAGACAUAAAAACCUAUCUUGAACAAAAGAUACUAAAGAACGAGAAGGGUAUAUCACAAGCAGCAAAUCAAAGGAACGAAAUUCGCAGGAGUAUCAAGUCAUUCUUCAGAUCAAUUAAUGCCUUUACUCUGCCUGUUCCAUCCCACGAGAGAGAUGUCUUAAAGAACAUGGGAAAGCCAAAAAACAACAAGAAUAUCAAUGGAGAGUUCCUGGUGAAACUUGAUAUUCUAAAAACAAUUAUCUCUGAAAAGUAUCAUUCCAAAAAGGGGAUUAAUAACUCCCUCCUUACAGGAACACAAUUGGCGGAUAUGCUUGAAAGCUACGUUCAUGCACUGAACACAAAGGGCUACAUUCCAGACUGGCAAUCAGCUUGGGAAUUAACUGUCAAGAUGGCGUACAAAAGGGCUGGAGAAAAAGCAAUCAUGGCCUACGAAAAAAUUUUAAACCCAUUAAGUCGAACUUUUCCAUGUGAUGAAGAUGCGGUGAUGAAGAAACAUGAAAUUGGAAUAGAGGAAGCCAUUGAAGUAUUCCGAAAAGAGACUCUAAUGGAUACUGACGUGGAGCACAUCGAGGCAAAUCUUAAGGAGUUCACGAAAAAGUGCGUAUCAUACGAUGGCGAUGGUCGAUGCGUGGGUGGUUUACUUUUUCAAUAUUUGACUGAAAAUCGAGAAAAAUCCGAAACUUUGUGCGAGGAAGUAAUCAAAAAACUGACGAAAGAAAAUUUGGAACCAGCCCUGGAGAACAAUCACCAGCCGUCGUGUGAAGAAAUAAUAACUGUCAUUAAAACAAUAGAAGACAAAUAUUGGAGCUCUGCGAUUGGCCCAGCUGCCGAGUAUGUCUUCAAAAAGGGUUUGGAGGAAAGGAAGGAACAAGUAAUCAAAUUUAUAUCUCAAUUAGAGGACUAUAAUAAUGAGAUAGAAAAAGAGAGAUCAGAAAAGAAUCGAUUAGAACUGAGCUGCCGAGAAAAAGAGAAAGAGAAGGAACGGCUACAAAGACAGAAAGAGGCGCAGGCAAAGCAGCACUUAAAUGAGGUUAAAGCGAUGCAACAAGCGACUCAACGUAAAAUUAACGAGCUGAACGAAGAACGGACAAGAACUAGCGAACAGUUACGGAGCUCGUUACAAAAUCAACAUAGCACAGAAAUGGCAACUAUGAAGAUUCAACAGGAAAAACUUGUCGCUCAACGAGACAGGCAGAUACAAGAGUACCAACUAAAGCAAAGCAGCCUGCACAAUGAAAUCCACCAGGCUAAUCUUAAAAUUCAGCAACUUCAAAACAGA